AUGGCUCGUGUCCGGAAGAAACGCAAACCCCCUGCGACGAUGGAAGCGGCUGCUGCCCAUCAGGGGUUGCUUGCACGGUCUCCUUUGGUCUUCCGGUUUGUAAUAUUGCUUGCGUCGGCACAAUAUGUCCUUUUGGUGGCUGCUGCCCACACGGAUAUCGCUGCCAUACCUCCAAAACAGCCUGCGAGACAAUCAGGCCUGAAGUUGGCUUCAACAUUCCAACUACGACUCUGA